AUGAGUAACCUUAAAAAUGACAUGUUUAUAUCUAAAAAGAAGAGAAAAUUUUAUUACAAGAAAAGUUCCAGAUUUGUAAGAUUUUUGUACAGUUUUGUGAAGUGGUAUAAAAUGGAACGAGUAGUUGGUCCUGUAUGGAUAAAUAAAUAUUCAUCGUUGAUAUAUUUUUUAAUGUUUUUAUUUAUAUUAAAUUUAUCAGUUGGUAUUUUAAUAUUAAUAUUAAGUUCAAAAUAUAUAGAAUGUAGAGUCCCAUAUGAAUAUAAGGGUGAAACUUUUACUAAGUAUUCCAUUGUAAAAGUAACCCCAGAACAAUGUAAAGGUCAAAAGAAUUUAAAAGAAUUAAAUGGAAAUAUAAAUGUACAUUAUGAAAUUCUUGGAAUGCAACAAAAUCAUUAUAAAUUUGUAAGUGGUAUGAAAAAAGAACAGUUGAAUGGAAAUAUAUUUUUAAAAAAAGAAGAAUUAGAAGAAUGUUAUCCUUUAAUUACUUUUUCAGAAGGAAAAAAAAAAAAAAAAUUAUUACAUCCAUGUGGUAUAUUCCCAUGGAAUGUAUUUACAGAUAGUUAUAUUUUUUAUGAUAAAGAACCAGAUGAAAUUCCUUUUCCAACACCUUUACCUUUAAAACAAAAUGUAGAAGAAAUAACUAUAAAAUAUUAUAGACAAUUUUAUAAAAACCCAUCACCUCAAAAUGUGCAAUUAUAUAAAGAUCAUAUAUAUUUCUGGAUGGAGCCAGACAUACAAUAUGAACGAUUACAAGAAAAUAAAGAAACAAAUGAAAAGUUACUUGUAUUACCACAAACAUUAAAAUAUAAUCAAGCAGGAAAAGCUAUAGAAAACAGUCAUUUUAUUAAUUGGAUGAUACCAUCUGCGCUUAAUUAUAUUAAACGUUUAUAUGGUAAAUUAUAUAUUCCUUUGAAAUUUCCUUUUUAUAUUUAUAUAGAAAAUAAUUUCAAAAUUAAUGAUACAAAAAUUAUUGUUAUUUCGACUUCGCAAUAUUAUAUGAGAACAUUUUUAAUUGGUUUCAUUUUUAUAAUCAUUUCGAUAAUAGCUUUGAUAUUAUGUAUUUUUUAUCUUAUAAGAAUGAAUAAAUAUGAAAAUAAAUGA